AUGGCGCCAGCUAAUACUGCGUAUGGCUCGCUCAGCGGUGACGAGAAACGUCAGACCCGAUCCGGGAGUUGUGUUAGAGUUUUGAGGGCCAUCCUUUCGCUCGCGCUUCUGGUUGUUCUGGUGCCUGUGAUUCUCGUUCUCUGCGUGGUGUUCUUUGCCGGGUUCUGCUACGCUGCGUGGCCAUUCGCGACAACAUUCAUGAAGGUCCCGUACAUCGCACUCAAGAUGCAACUCAAGCUCGUGUCGCUGCUGUUUAAUGCUGCUGCGCGCGGCUUCAAGCCGACCUUCCCCGAAUGGACCCUCACCUACGAGCUGACCAUUUCCAUGAUGCGCUACGUCUUCCUGGACUACGGCCAUGUCGUCGCAGACACCAACGCUCACCGGCUGCGCGGUCCGUUCGCCCUUCACGGGAAAAUGAUUCUCAAGUCGUGCUGCAAGAAGCACAACACGGUGCCGGAGAAGCUGGUGGCCAACGGCAUGGAGCACAUGUGGCUGCGUGACGCCGAGAAGAAGGAGACGCGCGUGGUGGUCAUCCACUUCCACGGCGGCGCCUACGUCGUGUCUGACCCGCUGCAGGACGUCGAGCUCGCCAACCAGACCCACACCAAGUUCAAGCAGAUUCUCAAGGAGAAGUACCAGAUCGACGCGUCCGUGGACGUUCUGCUGGCCAACUACCGCAUGGCUCCUCAGUUCCUGUACCCGACGGCUCUGGACGACUGCUUCACCAUGUACAAGUACGUGCUGAAGCACGAGAACAUCGCCCCCUUGCUCAGCGGCGACAGUGCUGGAGGCGAAAUGACGCUCACCAACUGCAUGCGUCUGCGCGACACGACUCCGGAGCUCAAGCCUGCCGCUGCGCUGUGCUACUCGCCUCUGGUCGACCUCGAAGAGACUGGCGGUGACGACAUCACGCCGCACUGCCUGCUCGCCGCCAACUUCCUGGACAACAGUCUCGAGACGUACCUGAGCAGCGUGGACGACCCGAACAAGCGCUUCAAGGUGUCGCCUAUCAACCAGAACCUCAAGGACCUGCCCCCGACGUUCGUGCAGUUCGGCACGCUCGAACGCUUCUACGAGCAGGGGCUGCGCUUGGGAGUCACGAACAUGGAGCUGGACCUGCUCGAGAACAUUGUUCAUGACCCGGUGAUGUUCCCGACAGCGGUGAGCCCCGCUGCUGAAGGCGCUAUCCGCAACGCCUGCGCGUUCGCUGCGAAGCACCUGGCUCCUAUUCUGAAGGCUUAG